GAUUAUCACAUUACUCUAAAUGUAUAGAAUAUAAAGUUCACGAACAUAAAGAGGGAUGCUAGUGGGCCAGGCCAAUAUUUCCUUAUCUCUAAACUAAAACUGGGGAAAUGUGUAGAGUGUUCUGGGCUUCAGACAUGAUUUUAUUUCAGAAUUCCUUGAGAGAAAAAAACGCCUGGUUAGGCUUUGUGUAUGUAGUGUGUGCCUUCCUUGCUUUACAGCUAUGUUGUUAUUAUGCUGUUUGUUACUUAUGUAUGUUAUGUUGCAGCUAUUUAAAAUAGUUUUGUCAAUUUGUUCUGGCCUGAAACAUAUCUUUGUCUUUGUGUGUUGUAUGUAGACCACAUUGCUUAGCAGAGUUCAGUGAUGCAAAUGCAUGUCAAGUUGAUCAACAGAUUGUAUUAUUCUGCAGUGCAAUAACAGUACUGAAAUGAAGGCUAAAAGGGCAUUAAUGGGAGCUUUAAAAAAAAAAAGAAGUAACUAAAUAGUUACUUUUCACAGUAACGCUUUACGUUUUGGUGUAAGUAACUGAGUUAGUAACUGAGUUACUUUUGAAAUAAAGUAACUAGUAACUGUAACUAGUUACUGGUUUUCAGUAACUAACCCAACACUGUGCAUAACAUUGUAAAUAUAGAUCGACUUACAACAAAGAAUAACUUUAUUAAACAUUGUUUUUUAGUCUCUAACAGAAAAGAUUUAAAGUGCAUCAAUUUACUUUGAAAAAAUUGUCAUCCUUAUUAAAACUAUAAACAUUUUUGAAGCGGGGGUUUGAAGCAUGAUACUGAUAAAGUUCCCCGGGGUCACACGCGUUUAUUUGAACAAUAUUACAGUCUAAAACAGAACAUUUGUCCACAUAAAUAAUUAUAGUUGCAUAUUACUUACACAUGCAAAGUCUCCAAAGCAGAAGCGUAUUAGAAAAUAUCCAGUAACAAACGUGUCCGCAUCAUUCGACUCACUGCGUCAGGAGCGCAGCUUAAUAAAUUAUUACUAUUCCACUUCAAAUUUAAAGGAUAAAAUAAAUCUGUCAUAAAGUUAGUGUUUAUCAUACCCAUUGUUCUUUGAGUAAUUUCACAAGAUCCAACCUUUUGCUCACAUUCCCCAAUACAACACGCUGAUAUCGUAAUGGAUUAAUAUCGAUAUCUAAAAAUGUGUAUCAUCCCAAAUGUUUGUGGUUUACCUGCUCUGCUAGUAUUUGUGUCAGAUGUUUGGGGGAGAAAAGGCCUCGGUGGAAGACGAGGUCGCCGCUGCCCUCCACGCUCUGACCGGCCAAGAUGAGCAGCUUGUGAGACGAUUCACGGGACAACAGAGCGCACACCUGACCAGUACCUGCACCCUUGAAGGAGGCCGUGUGAUGGGAGAGGAACUCUUGCAGGACAACAGAGGUCGCGUGAUGAGAGACACACUAAAAUACGAAAUUGACGGCGUGCAGCAAAAGUGAGACGUGUCCUGCGUGUCCGUGGGGAGCCGCGCGUCCAAUGAUGACGAGCAGCGAGUAUUUGUUGCCUUGGAGGAGCUUGGCGUCCACGCAGCGUCUCCCCUCCCGCUGGACCUCCCUCUCCUGCAGCCGGCCGGACGCCAUGUUGGUUGCCGCCUGUGACGUCAUCAGAGGAGCCCCACUGGUGGAGUCGAGGAUGGGAGGAAGGAAUGUCGGGAAGUCCAAGGAGCGCGUCUCCGUGGAGGCAUCCUCGGCCUGAGCCGGCCGCAGGAAGUCGGUGCAGCAGCAGACUGCCACGGCGAGGAGGAGGAGGGCUCUGGCGCUGACCAUGGUGCUGCUGACGGGACGAAAUACUACCCUCCGGACUUUGAUCCGGCUAAAAUCCCCAAACUUAAACUCCCUAAAGAUCGACAGUAUGUGGUCAGAUUGAUGGCACCGUUCAACAUGAGGUGCAAAACAUGUGGCGAGUACAUCUACAAGGGAAAGAAGUUUAAUGCUCGCAAAGAAACGGUCCAGAAUCAACUCUACAUGGGACUUCCCAUCUUCCGUUUCUAUAUCAAAUGCACUCGCUGUCUGGCUGAGAUUACAUUUAAGACAGAUCCAGAGAACACGGAUUACGCCAUGGAGCACGGCGCUACCCGCAACUUCCAAGCGGAGAAACUCAUCGAGGAAGAGGAGAAGAGAGUCCAAGAGGAGCGAGAAGAGGAGGAGCUGAACAACCCAAUGAAGGUGUUGGAGAACCGCACGCGGGAUUCCAAGAUGGAGAUGGAGGUGCUGGAAAACCUCCAGGAGCUGAAGGAUCUCAACCAGAGGCAGGCUCAGGUGGACUUUGAAAGCAUGCUCGGUCAGUACAGGGAGCUGGAGAAGAGAGAGAAGGAGCGAGAGAAAGUGGAGGACGAGCUGGAAACCAAAGACAUGUUGGAGAGAGCCCUCGUCAAAAGACUAAGAGACUCCGACUCUGACAGUGGAGAGGAGAGCAGCAGCAACGUCCAACCAAAGAAAUCCAGCAGUGACAAUCCGACAGAUAUCCUCACAGCUGACAAACCCACCGAAACACAGGCGACCUGUGUGAAGAGGGUGAAGGUGGAGACCUGGGAGAGGAGUGUGGGCACACUGGGGGGUAAGGGGUCACUCGGAUCCCUUGUAGUGCGCAAGAAACCUGCAGUCAACAACACGGCGAGUCCAGCGCAGACGUCUGGUGCUGGUAUCUCACUAGCAGCUUCAAAGAGUUCCAGUGUCAGCACGGCCACACAAAACGGAUCGUCGUCUCUCAGCUUGCUGGGCGCUUAUUCUGAUAGCGAGAGCAACGACAGCGAAUAAAGACGGAACACGCAUUAAAUGGAGUGCCCCGUUGUGUACAAAUCAAGUAAAACUGUCAUUUUGUAAAUAUAUUUUAGUCCAUAAUAAAAUUGACUAAGCUGC